GUGUGCCGAGCGGUACGUCUCGGCCUUCCCCAUCUUUUGCCGUGACUGCCAGUGUGACGCGCCUUUCCCCCAUGAUUGCCAAAUACUGUCCUUGACGUUCACGCGGAAUGCCUCCAGAAGAGAUGCAAUACCUGGGUACCGUAACUGCUACAGUCGAACUGAAGCACCGGCAACAUUGCGGUCUAGGUAGAGCGGUAUAGGUCUUUGCGCUUUAGGGUUCGUCUACGCACGGGGCAUGAGCAGCAUCAUUUCAUAGACCGAUCGUCUUUCAAUUAUUGAAUCUCCCUCAUACAAACUUUUGAUGCGGAUAGAGCGGUUCCAAUUUAUUUGCCAGACCGAUCAAUUAUACCUUGGCCCUGGACCUCGUAGCCCCAGUCACCGUAACGGCGCCCAUCCUCUGUCAUCAUCCCGAGAAAAUUUCACUCCAGGCCACAUUAUUGACCACAGCUCGUAACUCUUUCGGCCUGGCUUGCCACCCUGGCCUUCCCCGGAUCAUCCUUCUACCUGGUACCAAGUCCACCUUCGCCUUGUGAGGUGCUUGUUUUUCGGUGGCAUCCUCAGGGAUGUAGAGGUCAUGUAGAACAGAUACGAGGGCGAAAACAAUGCCAGUACGCCCACUAGAGGCUCCGAUCGGCCAGAAUUGAAGGCUGUGCGUUGAGAUUUCGAGAAAAAAAAAUACGGCCGAGGAAGGGGAAGUGUGGGACAGUAAACUGAAAGUGGGCGGCCGCCUGAGCCUGUCGGCCUUCUUUCUCCUGGCACCCGCAGCCGCAACUGCGCCGGCACUGGCUCUCUGGCAUUUUCAUGUGGUGCCAGGGCCAGUGGGAGGGGAGAGAGGCCGAGCUGCGAUCCUUGACACAUCCUGGGCAGCCAUCGCUCUGCCCGCGGGUCCUGGCGCCCUCCCCCGGAGCGUCCUCUACAACUACUAGGUAGACUCAUCACGGACGGACGAGGCAGCGACACUCUCAGGCCCCUUCAGCUCGUCAUCUUCCCUUUCCAGCUGUGGUCCGAUAAGGAUCAUGCUAGCACGUUCUCAGUGGGGAUAAGCACCACUGGAUACUUAGGGACAUCUCGCCGCCCGCCGCAGUUCGGUGGCUCCCACUUUUUUGUUACGACAGCGUCGGACGCACACACCGCACACAGAGACCACCAGAGACCGUGGGCACUGCUACUGCUACUCUCCCUCUCUGACACACGCAACCUGACACAACCCACAUUCCCAAACCCAACCCAGGCACCCAGGGCAGGAAAUAAUUUCGACGCCUUUCGGCCCUCGCUUCCUCUUCCGCACGGCAUCACUCAGGCUCGGCCAGCGAAGGAAAAAAACCCAAACACCGCACAGAACUUAACCACAAUCAUCCCGACCCCUGCCUCCCCCGGUCUCCAGUUUCCAGUCCGCAUUCCCGGAUAGCCUCCUACACACCCAACUGGUCAAAUUACCUUCCUCCCUUCUCCAACAUCGGCUCAAUUCUCUUACAUUUGUUUCUUUUCUUCCUUCCCCCAGUCGGUCACCACCACACCAUACAUCACCUCGAAUCAACACACUACACACAAGCAUUCGCUGCACAGCGCCCUGCCUGCGACACCACCCACGCUACUGUAUCGCAGUUCACUGCAAGUUCACCUGCACUUCAGCCUGCGCCUGCGCCUCUCCCGAACCCGGGUCUGCCGCCUCGUCUUCUGUUACGCCGCCAUAGCCUGGCCUACUUAGUGCCUGAUUCACCCCACGAUAAGCGAUCAUCUUGGGGAACGAAGUCGCUCCUUGCUCGAAUGCAACGCUCUUCGUCUGCAGUAGACUUUACUGCGCUCCUUAAUCCAACUCCUCCUUCUUCUGAACCUGCAACGCCUUCGCGGUCCUCACAAAGCACACCUGCUCCGACUCCCGCCUCAUCAACGAGUGCUCCAACGACCACGCAAAGUGACAACAUGGCCGCCGCUGUCAGCCUACUGCCCACUGCCGUGGCAUCACAGAAUACGCACACUGAGGAGAGACAGGAUCUCCCUCGUCCCUACAAGUGCCCUCUCUGCGAUCGAGCCUUCCACCGCUUGGAGCAUCAAACUAGACAUAUUCGAACGCACACUGGAGAGAAGCCUCACGCUUGCCAGUUCCCCGGAUGUAGCAAGCGCUUCAGCCGCUCUGACGAGUUGACCCGCCACUCGCGCAUCCACAACAAUCCCAACUCUCGUCGCAACCAGAAAACCCACCAAGUUGCCGCCGCCGCUGCCCUUGCCGGACUCCAAGAUGGCUCGAACCAAGUUCUGGCGGCUCAGGCGCAGAUGAUGCCGCCUCCCAACAAGAACAGCCUGCCUAGGUCCGCACCUGUAUCUGCCGCUGGCUCCCCCAAUGUUUCGCCGCCUCAUUCAUUCGCUGUACAUGCUACCCAUAGUCCGCAUGUCCCGACACACCUUGGGCCUUUUGGGCGCAGUGACGAUCGGAACGCCAUGGACAUCAAUCUCCUCGCUACAGCGGCCUCGCAGGUUGAGAGAGAUGAGCAUAUCACCAGGGUACCGUAUCAGCAUCAGCACCACCUGUUCAGCCAUCGCACGCAUCACAGUAACGGACGGCUUCCAUCGUUGUCCGCUUACGCCAUCUCGCACUCUAUGUCCAGAUCUCACUCGCAGGAGACCCACGAUGACGACCAUCGUGUGAAGAAAUCCAGGCCGAAUUCGCCCCAUUCGACUGCUCCUUCUUCGCCCACCUUUUCUCACGCAUCGAUAUCGCCAACUCCGGAUCACACUCCUCUUGCCACGCCAGGCCAUUCUCCUCGUCUGCGACCGCUUGGCAGCGAUCUUCAACUGCCAGGCCUACGGCAUUUGUCUUUGGGACACGCGCCCCUCCUCGCACCCAUGGAACCCCAGGCUGACGGCUCGUACUCGCACAUUCCGCCACCACAGCAUUCUGGCCCGUCCAUCGCCGACAUUGUCACCGGCACUCAGCGUAAACUGCCUGUGCCUCAACUUCCAAAGAUCGGCGUGUCUGAGAUGCUGAGUGUACCGCCCGGAAUCAGCUCCGGUGAUUCCAGUGCAGCUGCGUCAGUCAAUGGGGAUUUUUCCCGGUAGCCUUAGGGUUUCAGUGGAGAUUUCCAGCACCGUCUACGACUUUCAACGUUUAGCCGUGGCAUGAGGCUAGAGUUACUGUUUACAGUAACCUUGCUUUACAUAUCCACUUUCGAUGUUUACUGGAGUUUGGAAGGGGCUUCUUUUCUAUGAUUCUCAGCGGGGAAGCGCUAAGAAUUGGCUUGAACGGGAUCAAUUGGAGAACAACAGCGAGGAGCAAGGUAUAGACAGGAAACGGAACCGAAACUGAUCGCGCAGUACGACUGCCUCUGAUAGAACGGCGUUUGGGUCAUGUAUCUGGGACAAGACGAGGAUAUCAAGGUUAGGCAAAGAAUCGCCCGGUAGCGAUUGACGGCCAGCUUAUGGUUUUACAUGUGUAACUUCAGAUAAUCCAAUCAGUCUGUUUACAGAGUUUGUUGUACUGGAGGCAUUUUUUUUUCAUGACUUAACUUCGUACCUUCCUCAUCAAGUAGCUGCCAGGACAUGAACAGUCGAGAUGCGCAGCAAGAGAGGCUGCAAACCUUGGGACCUUCUACCUGGCGUGGGUGCUAUGAGAAGUACACUACGGCCUCAUCUCGGAGAGAAAUCUUUGGCACAAUACACAGGGGACCUUGAAGUCGAGGGACAGAUACACUACGUUGUCGUCGCCUUGAACACUCCGUUUACACAGCUCUCAAAAUCCACCAGCGCACCGAAAUGCGCCCUUCCCCCACACUACGGUUCUGAGGGUGUCAUAUUGCACGGUCAGCAUCUCCAGCGCAGUAAUCACGCGAGAGGGUAGGUAAGCGUGCAAGGGGAAAGGAUGAGUAAUAAAAUAGUGUAACAAAUUGUAAGAAACACGGUUGCGAGGACAGAGGAGAGGCAUUACUCAUUGUUGACAGUGUGCUUCAUGAAUCUGCCUUCCCCGGAUCUUUUGCGAUGCUAGCAGCAGCUGAUUCCGACCGCAUUUGGUCAAAGAAGAGAUAGGGAAAAAAGCACGGGGUCAAUCGUGGAGUCCCCAGCUUUGCUCUCGGUUCUGUUCUGGGUGCCUCUGCAGGAGUCUACACACCGGCACCCGGAAUGUUUCCCAGUUGAGCCCUGAGAGUGCCAGCCGAGAUGAGCAGCAGCGACAUCUCUGCAACGAUCACGGCAUUAUUGGAUCGGCUUUGGCAUCGUUUAUGGUGAUGGUGCAAGAUCAGCAUCUUCGAACACCCGCUGAUCGCCACAGACCAACAAGGCCCCUGUCGGCUUAUCGAAGCAUGGGUUCUACGCUGUACAAUUGUACAUGCAGUAGUGGCAAGAGAACCCGACUAUUGCUCCCGGCCGUGCUCAAUGCAGGCAAUGGACUAUUGGCCGAGGGUAUGUAAGUCUGUAAGCGUCGAACCAGGUUCAGUACUACGGUGGCAGUCAGUGCUCUUCUAUCGAUGUGCGGUCGAAUACUACAAUGGUACAAUACUAUCGACUGGGGUGGAGCCCGGUGAAGCGAGGAUCUCCUUCUGUUGCUGGUUGCCGUAAGCAAUCCCUCGUGUCCGCCCCCCAAAACCACAGACAGACAGAAAGACAGAUAGCGAUGAGUGAGUGGGCCGAGAGAGGCCAGGCCAGGCCUGAGUGUUUUCGUGCCCGAUCCUAUCGCUGCCCCAUAUUCAUGAUGCCAGAAGACUGUCUGAAAGCGCCAAAAAUUACGUCUUUUCGGCGGCCGAUGGCUAAAUUCAGUCAGUCGGAGCCGUAGCUCGAGCUCGAGCUCACGUUCACGCACAAGCUCUGGGCCAGACGAAGCCCCAGUCUGGGUGACGACACCGCGAUCGAGAGAUAAGGUGCCCAAUAUCUCUGACAUAUUGUCUCAGCGCAAUCUCCUUUCGUGCGUGAGGGUUGCCGAUGAAACUGCAACCCAGCAAAAGGCCUAUCGCCAACGUAAACAUAUUUGGCACCGACACGAUAAGCAGCGGGUUACGGGGGAUCGAAGGGAUAGCAGGCCUGGCCCGAGUCUUUCGCUCAACAGCAUCACACCAUCGAGACACGAAAUUCAUCCCUCGGGUUCUCGCAUCUCCCACCCCUUUUCCCCAAUAGCACGAGCCGGCACAAGUCAAAAGAUCGCCAAAUAGGCCAACUUCCCCGUAUUCAUGCCGCUCCGAGCAGCCCCCACCGGAACUAGUGGGCACUGGAGAGAUAGAUCCGGGGCGGAUAAAUAAAACGUCAAGGAUCGGGGUUUCAGCAGCUUCACCGAGCCUGUUUCCCGCGGGGAACCGUGGAAGUCGAGUCACCGACCGGGAUCACAUGCCGCUACCUGGACAAGGACAAAUUGCUAUAUGAUUGAUUGUUGAGGGACAGGUUAUCAGGAAGGACUUGAUAACCGGUGGUUCAGUUUCCAUCUCGUCUCCAGCUGCUCAACUUGACAGAGCACAUGCUCUCGGCUUCGGCAACCUUCCUCCCACGACUUGAUAUCAAGGACCUCGUGCCGUGCGCCGCUGAAGUGUGUGACGGACAGGGAUCAGCUCUACUAUCACAGGGAGAGCUUGCUACAUUCCUCUCAUUCGAGGGCGCCAGCAUCGCCUAACACUAUCGACACGUCACUGUUUGGGCAUUCUUCGGAGCAAUCCCUGAACCUCCCACGGGGCGCGGAAGGAUAUCCAGACGACCAGCCAGCACCCAGCACUGCCUUGUGCCACGGCAUCCCGUGGUUUGUUGAUUCUCCCCUGGUCUCUCACCAUUUUUCUCCCUUCGUGUUGUUACUGCUACCUGCUUAUCCGGCUCAGCCCCAACCACGGUUAGAUUGCGGGGCCGAAGGGGCCACGUUCCGCAGACACCAAAGGCGGGAUGUGAGAGGUCGCAAUCCGCUAACGAGUCAAACGACGACAAGGACCUCCGUGGUGGCAUUGUGUGUCACAUAGGUAGGUUUCUACAUCCUGAUUUCCAGUGACACCAUAUAUGGGCUGCCAGUGGCGUUGUUCGCUUCUGUGUGCUGUAUAGUGGUUGGACAGGGGUCUUCUACACACUCGAAAAGGUCGGAUGUGUUUCUCGCUAACCGAACAGCCUCACUCACUACUGACAAGGGCAUUCGCGGUGGCUUUGGGUCAUGAUUCAAACCGGCUAAGGCUUAGCUGGAGUCGGCCCUCCCCCUUUGCCGCUGUCUAUACUGGGAGGACAGUUCAACGCUGACGGCGAGGCCUUCCUUUGGGCCAGACCGCCCUUUGGCAGUCUCUCAUGAGAUUCAGUCGCCCCCCGUUUUGUUAUGACUCCCAAAGCCACUCGGGGGCGUUGGCUUCCUUGAUACAAGCAGACGGACCAGGCUCCAUCUCCUUCCAUUCGACGUCUCCUUGCCUCCUGCAUGUCGGUCGGAAAGAGAUCAAAGAUUUCACAAUUUGUUCGCCUAGGGUGAAAACUUUGCUGUCUGUUUAUAUGUUAUCAGAAGAGCGUGCAUGACGAUGAACGUCAAAAAAGCGACGCUCAGGGCGAAAACUGCCUAGGAUUGGGUGCCUGAGCAUCGCCGGCAUGAUCAACUCAUCGGAUACGCGAACUUCCCGAUAACCCUGUCCGACCGAUGCGCAUUUGGUUCUGCCCGAUGAAACUUGGAAGGGACCUGAAGCAUUUCAUGCCAAUGCAUGAAGGUGCCUUCGUGACCGGUUAUGGGCACGACCGUGCUUCUUGAUCCUUUGCCUCCAGUGCAAUCAGCGGCUCAAUCACGAACCUAGUCCAUCAACCAUUGAAGGGACGUCAUGACAUGGAUCCUUGUCGCAGUAUUAUAAGGUUUGAGAAAGAGUCAAUAGUCCACUGCAUUGCAGCCUGAGGAGAAAAAGAGUUCAGGCACCCUCAUCUCGAGACAAGAGACUUUCCCUUCACCCGGUGAGUAUGGUUGACCUUGACGUUCUGAAACGUCCCCCAAACUCAGUUUGUCCGGCUGUACCUACCUGUAGGUAGCUUUAUCUUUUUCUGCUUUCCCAAUCCGGUCACAUUGGAAGUCAUCAGCGCGCCGAAAUUUCUCCAGCGGAAAGUCUGAAUCGUUUCCUCUGCAUCUAUCUUCCCCAUCUAUUACCCCACAGAAGUUGGGGGAUCCUUCAAGCUUUGUGGAGGGAAUGUGCUUGACCAAUGUGCCCGUCUCGGUACUUCGUCGCACCAGGAAGAGAAUCGGCGUAGCCAUUACAGUUCAGGAUCUGAACUCACUGAUUCAUGCCAUGGGACCGCCAUAUACUUUGGAUGGCUUCAAGUUUGGGAGCUCGACCCGGCUGCCCUAUCAAAUCUACCCAAGCCACGACAGCCGGAAGUGUUCUGUCCUGGCUUGCAGUGCAGUGGUUAGUCUUCUACAGGCACAGGCACCUUUCGCGGAACCCGAAAACGAGACCCUGACCCGGGAUGUGUAAGAAAACCGUGGCUGCUCGUCCAUCUUCCUCCUCUUCUCAGACUACCGGUAGGUUGGUGGUCACCUUGCUACAGUACGUGACACACUCAUAUUGUACUGCAAGCAUCCAUGGCCUCUAUUUUUGCAUUGUAGCCCACAUGUGAUGGAGACUUCGUUGGCCAUUGGGAAAGGGGAGGGGAGUAUAUAGAUUGGAGAAUAUUAGUAUCAUGAGUUACCAUACAUUAACAUCGG